UUGUCACUAGAGGGCGGAAUACGAGCGUUGUAGUGCGAAAGCUCGUGAAAAAACUGUGGAAUGGUUUCUAUGGUGACACUUUGUUGUAGAGUAGCCUAGAUGCUGCUGCUUAGCUGCAGCUCCGGGAGAUGACAGAACCGACGGUCUUCCCUACCGACCAAGAGGCACCAAGCAGCCUGCGCUGCACAUUUGAAUACAUGAAAUAAUGUGCUAGAACGGACACACUACAAAAUAUAAAAAUCUCUGAUCUCAAAUUUGUCCACUCUGUGACAUUGUAAGGUCUCGGGGUGUCUGUGGUGUGAGUGACCAUAUGUGAAUGCGUGUGUGUGUGUGUGUCAGCAGCACUCGUGAUGGCGUCGGUGAGCGUAACGUUGGAGAACCAACUCCACAGCGCUCAGAAGAACCUGCUUUUCCUCCAGCAGGACCACGCCAACACUCUCAAAGGCCUGCACGCUGAAAUACGGCGCUUACAGCAGCACUGCACUGACCUGACAUAUGAGCUGACAGUGAAGAGCUCAGAUCCAACUGACAGCAGUGAGGCGCGAUGCCGCGCGCUGCACGAGCGCUGUGAGGAGCUGGAGGAGCAGCUACGAGAGAAGGAGGAGGAGAACGCGGAGCUGCUGCGCGACCUGGAGCAGAAGACGGCCAUGAUCUCCGUGCUGGAGGGCACGCUGCGGGAGCGCGAGAAGAAGUACCUGGACGAGCUCAAGCUCAAGAGCCAGCGGCUGGCCGCGCUGUCCGGCGAGCUGGAGCAGAGGGCCAGCACCAUCGCCUACCUCACCUCGCAGCUGCACGCCACCAAGCGCCGCCUGCUGGCGGGGGGCGGGUCGUCCGCUGACGCCGUCGCCGCGGCAACACCACCGGCGGGGGGAGGGGCGAGUGGUGCGAGCCCAGCCCCGAGCCCGUCAUCGUCGUCCCCAGCCUACCGGCCCGCCCCGCCUGCCCAGCCGCAGCCUCAGGACACGCCCACUCGCCGGCGCAUGCGCAAGAGCCUGUCGCAGCCGCUGCACGCCGAGUGGGCGGAGCUCUACCGGCAGGGGGCGGGGCCCGAGGGCCGUCGGCUCAUCCUGAGGGAGGCGUUGGAGGCCAUGCCCGACCCCACGCCCUUCCUGCAGCCGCGCGACCCCUCCCACGCCGCGACGCCAGCCCCCCACCAUCCCCCGCAGCCGCUACACAAGAGCCGGCCUGCCGUCAUCCCCCCCAUCGUCGCCGCCGCCGAGCGCAGCGACCUCUCCGGGGCGGAGUCAGGCUCGCCCACCCCCACUGGGACCCCCACCCGCCUGCCCGCAGUGCCCUCCGCCUCCUCUUUCAGCCCCAGGGGCAGCCCUGCUCGCCACGAGAGGGCUCACGGUGGGGCGGGUACCCACGUGGGGGUGGCACACCGCAUCCCCCACUCCCCCCAGCCCGGCUCCCCCAGCGGCACGGCCCCCCAGGCCCCCCAGGGCAUCGCCCCCCAGGCCCAGCCGCACCCCCCCUCGCGUCCCAUCCACGCCGAGCUGCAGACGCUGGCGGUGGACCAGGUCAACGGCGGCGCCAAGGUGGUGCGCAAGCGCUCAGGCGCGGACAGAACUGUGUAACGCUCUCUCGCUCGCUCUCUCGCUCUCUCUCUCUCUCUCACUCACUCACUCUCAUGCUCUCUCUCAUGCUCGCUCUCUCUCUCUCUCUCUCUCUCUCUCAUGCUCUCUCUCUCUCUCUCUCUCUCUUUCUCUCUCUUGCUCUCUCUUUCUCUCUCUCUCUCAUGCUCUCUCGCUCUCUCUCUGUCACCCACUCUCACUCUCAUUUCGAUCUGUGUCUCGUUCUCUCUCGUAAACAUCACCCAUUCACUCACUCAAACAAAUACGUACACUCUGUCCCACAAAUACACACACACACACACACACAUUAUCUUAUUCAGCGCUCAUCUUAGUGUUGCUUCAUCGUGCCUUUUCCACCUGUGAGCUGAUGGUCAGUGGGACAGGGGUCAGAAGGUCAAAGUCCAGCUGUCAAUCUCUCUCAUGACCCGCCCCCUCCAGCUCUUCACUAGACUCAUGUAGAAGUGGAAAAAUCGCUAACACCAACACAGGACCAAUCUAAUAAACACACACACACACACACACACACUGCACUCAGAGAGAGGCCCUGGAUAAACAAAGAGUGGGGGAAGAAGAGAGUGAUAAAGUGGCAGCUGAGAAAGAAAGAGAGAGAGAGAGAGAAGAAAGAUGAAGUGAGUGGAGAAGAGAAGGCGAAGAGACGCAACCCUGCAAGGAAGAAGACGACAACAACAAAGCAAAUAAAUAAACAAAUAAACAAAUGAGACUGUGACAAGGGGGAAACGAAGACAGAUUAUUCACUCUCAUCCUUAAGAA